AUGCAUCCUUUCUUCUACCAAGACCUCAACUGCUCCUCAACUGCUUUACCAUGCCCCGAAUCCAACUCAUCAGUCGACAGCCCACAAAAGACCAAGCAGAAGAAAUUGACCGAGGAAGAGGUGCUGGUCUUAAAAUCCCACCUAGAAAAAUGGAAGGAAGCCGCUGCCAACGAUAGAAAAAAGAUUCUGAAGGCGGUCAUAAAAGAGGCAAAGGUGCAUGCCCCUGCUAUGGAUGACCAGAUGUACCGGGACUGGUUAUAUAACCGGAGACCCGAGAAGACUCGAAAAAAGGCCAGCAAGUUGGGUCAGAAAUGGACUUCCCAGACAACACUCACUGCAGUCAUGGCAAGUCUAUCUAAAGAGGAGCUGGAGGAAGCUCAGAACACUGCGAUUGAGUGGUCUGCCAAGGCUCCUCCUGCAGCCGUCCAGGCGGACUUUGCAAAGAAGAAAGCACCCGGUUUGAUGAAGGACCUGGCGUCCAAGUUGUGGAAGCAGGCCGGUAUGAGAAUUUUUAUAUUAUCAGCAUGGAAAGAGGAAGACGAAGUGCGGAUCAAUGGAAUCGACUUCAAUGAAAAGUUGGAGGGCAAUAGUUUUACCGAUACGAAGGACUGGAAGCCCAUGUUAUCAGAGUGGAAUGCCUAUGCUGGAGAAGAGUUUGAUGUUGACCUGAAUAAUGAUGACGACGAUAGUGAGGGGGAGGUGAAAAAAGGCAGGAAGAAAGGCGGAAAGAAGGACGAAUAUCCUUUAGAGGUGGAUAGCUAUGGGCUUCCGGUCAUACCAGAUGUGAAAGAGCUUAACCUUGAGAGUAAAAAGUGUCUUAUCAGGACGUUCCUCACAAAACACUACACCAACAACCAAAGGCUGUCUGUGCCUUGGGCCUCAGUGAGGAAGGCUCAGGGGGACUUUAUCGCAGCCAAAUUUUUACCUACCGGCUGGAAGCUUGACGAUCCGUCAAAGAUUCGGUUGGCUGAUGCUGACCGGCUGUUAGAGUUGUGGUGUCAAAGACAGAAGGGCCAUGUUCGCCCAACCUUUGAAUUUAAAGGCUGGGAAGGCGACGAUAAGACGAUGAGAGAACCGGCAGAGGUGAUUUCCGGAAACGGUUCUGACACGAGACCCAAGGAUCCAGUGAAAAAGUCUACCAGAAAGCGCACCGGGAGGGUGGAACAGGUGUCGAGUAGUGAGGACAAGGACAAGGAUGAUGAAGAUGAAGAGAAGGACGACAACGACAACGACAACGACAACGACAACGACAACGACAACGACAACGACAACGACAACGACAACGACAACGACAACGACAACGACAACGACAACGACAACGACAACGACAACGACAACGACAACGACAACGACAACGACAAUGACAACGACAAUGACGAAGAGAAGGACGAUGACGAAGAGAAGGACGAUGACGAUGAUGACGAGAAGGACGACAACAACGACGGCACAUCACCACCUCCAAAGUCGACACCUGUCACAAAUCGCCUACCAGUCAAGAAAUCCAGGCCGGUCAACAUGCGCAGCAGGGCUAGUCCGGCUCCAUCUGCUGCAGAGCAUGAAGAUCCCCACCCACCGGUCAAGAAAUCCGUGCCAGUUCCUUUGCCACCUAAAUUAAAACUAACUAAAAAGCGCAGUAGGAGUCGGACAGUCGGCCUCCAAGAAAGAAAUCCCAGCCAAACAACGCCAGUACCGGUUCUGCGCAAUCAACCUGGUGCUCAUGACAAUGAUCCUCCUCCUUCAAACAGUCGAGCAUUUGGUCCUACAUCUGGUGUCCAUGCCAAGAAGAAAAACCACAAAACACCGGUGCCCAAACCAACACCCGCUGCCCCAAGGACCACCGGCAAGAAAGCCAAAGGAUGUGAAGCACAGACCACCGAUCCUGAGCCAAAGUGCUCUCUUAGAACUUCAAAGGCCUCUUACAAAGCUCAGUAUAUGCAGUAG